AUGCAGUACGUAAUGGCGCUUGGCCUCUACUGGAAUCUGGUGAUGGCGAUUUGCUUCGCCUCGCCGCUGCUCAUCACUCUGUGCUGCUGGCACCAGCCUUUGAUCAUAGCGCCGACGCUGCUUUACAUGCUGUGGGCGCGCUUCCUUUCCCGCGGAGACCUCGCAGAUGGGUCACCCUGGCGGUGGUUCUCCAUACAGGAAUGGGGAUAUCAUGCCUUCCGUCGCUAUCUCCGGCUGCGCAUCCACGUGCACUCGGAGCUGUCAUCUUUGCCUCACGACCGCCCGGCAGUGUUAGCGGUGCAUCCUCAUGGGGUGGCCAGCGACUACCGGAUCUUGCUCGACGGCAUGCUCUACGAAGCGCUGCCGAACCGGGAAGUACUCACUCUGUCCGCAUCUGUGCUGUUCUGCAUCCCCAUGGUCCGCGAGCUGGCGCUUUGGACCCGCUGCAUCGACGCCCGGAAGUCCGUGGCCAGCCGGGCCUUGCGGAAGGGCCACUCCGUGAUGGUGAUCCCCGGAGGCGAGCAGGAGCAGAUCCGCACCGAGCAAGGCAAGGAGGAGGUCUUCCUCUCCAAGCGCGUGGGCUUCAUAAAGCUGGCGCUGGAGCAGCAAAGCGCCGUGGUGCCCUGCUACGCCUUCGGCUCCGUGGAUUUGUACGCCACCUACACCAAGGUGCUCUUCAAGCCUCGGGAGUGGCUGCGAAAGACGCUGGGCGUAUGCAUCCCGGUGUAUCUGGGCGCCUUGGGGUUCCUGCCUCUGCGGCGCCCCGUGCAUCUGGUGCUGGGAAGGCCUCUGCAGUUCAGCUGCCAGCAGCCCGGGAAACCUACGGACCAGGAGGUUCAGCAAGCGCACCAGCAGUACAUGGACGCCUUGAGGAGCCUCUACGAGGAGGACUCGGAGCACUUUUGUUGGCUUGUCGACGGAAGCCUAGUGGUCACCAACAAGUGGCAGAAGUGGACCGACUUGGAGGUGUCAGAGGAGAACUUGAAAGAGUUGUCCCAGUACUGCGACGAGUUUCUGGUCCAUGGUGUGGAUGUGGAGGGCCUUCAGAGCGGCAUCGAGGAACCCUUGGUCCGAAUCCUGGCGGCAUCGCCCAUUCCUGUCACGUACGCCGGUGGUGUGCGAUCCUUGGAAGAUAUGGAGAGAAUACGGACGCUAGGUCAGGACCGCGUGGAUGCCACCAUAGGCAGUGCCCUGGAUAUCUUUGGGGGCAAGCUGCCGUACGACGAGGUUGUUCGAUGGCACAACAAGCAGCUCAGCGCGGCAGAGCCGCCGAAAGCGACCUGA